UACAGAUCAAGCCAACCCAUUCAACAAAAAAAAAAAUAAAACACUUGCUCUCUAUUCUUUACUUUCCUUGUUAUACUCUUCUGUAACUGUUCACUUUCCUCUCCAAACUCCAAAUUCCUUUCCUUCCGCCAACUGCAACUACUUUCUUUCUUUCUGUUCCUUUAAUUCCCUCCUCAUCUGACCUUCUUCACCCGUCUUAUUCUUUCCACAGUAGUUAGUUUCUUCCGCUCUGUGCUGCAGAAACUACUGCCACAAUGGAGAACGCCACGGACGAGAAGCAGCUCACUUGCCUUCAUGGUGAUCUAGACUUGCACAUUCUCGAGGCGCGUGGGUUACCCAACAUGGAUCUCGUUACACGGCGCCUUCGCCGCUGCUUCGCUGUCUGUGCGCCGCCGAGCUCCACAUCUGACGCAGAGGACCAAGGAAGAGAACGGGGAGUCAAGGACCACCGGAAGAAUAUCAUCACCAGUGAUCCUUACGUCACCGUCUGCGUCCCUCAGGCUACCGUCGCUCGUACUCGUGUAAUUAAGAACGCUCGAUGCCCUAGAUGGGACGAACACUUCCUAAUUCCUUUGGCUCACCCUGUGGUUAACCUCGAGUUCCAUGUCAAGGACGACGACGUGUUCGGCGCCGAAUUGAUGGGAAUGGUUAAAUUACCCGCCCAAAAGAUCGCCACCGGUGAGCCCAUUGCCGGAUGGUUCCCAAUUAUUGCUCCUUCCGGCAAGCCGCCAAAGCCGGACUCGGCGCUCCAUAUCGAGAUGACGUUUGUCCCAUUCGAGAAGAAUCCCCUGUAUCGCCACGGCAUUGCCGGAGAUCCUGCCCACCAAGGUGUGAGAAACACUUACUUCCCGCUGAGGAAAGGGAGUAGCCUUAGACUCUACCAAGAUGCACACGUGCUUGACGGCAUGCUUCCUGAGAUUGAAUUGGAUGGUGGAAAGUCUUAUAAACAAGACAACUGUUGGGAAGAUAUUUGUUAUGCCAUAUCGGAGGCGCAUCAUUUGGUGUAUAUUGUGGGCUGGUCAGUUUUCUACAAGAUCAAGUUGGUCAGAGAGCCAACCCGGCCAUUGCCGCGAGGUGGGGAUUUGACUCUUGGUGAGUUGUUGAAGUACAAAAGUGAGGAAGGGGUGAGGGUUCUGCUGUUGAUUUGGGAUGAUAAGACCUCCCACGACAAGUUCGGCAUUAAAACGGCAGGAGUAAUGCAGACUCAUGACGAAGAAACACGGAAGUUUUUCAAGCGUUCGUCUGUGACUUGUGUGCUGGCACCUCGAUAUGCCAGUAGUAAGCUUGGUUUUUUGAAGCAGCAGGUCGUUGGCACCAUGUUUACACACCACCAAAAAUGUGUACUUGUGGACACACAAGCACAUGGUAACGAUAGAAAGAUCACUGCUUUCUUAGGAGGUCUUGAUCUUUGUGAUGGUCGAUAUGAUACACCGGAGCAUCGACUAUUCCAUGACCUUGACAGUGUAUUUAAGGAUGACUUACACCAACCCACAUUUCCUGCUGCGAAAGGACCAAGGCAACCAUGGCAUGACUUGCACUGCAGAAUAGAUGGACCUGCUGUAUAUGAUGUUCUUAUAAACUUUGAGCAGCGUUGGAGGAAAGCAACAAAGUGGACUGAGCUUGGACUACGAUUCAAAAGGGUCUCUCACUGGCAUGACGAUGCCUUAAUAAAGAUUGAACGCAUCUCAUGGAUCUUGAGUCCUGCUUUGGCGGUGAAGAAUGGUGUUACAGUAAUUCCUGAGGAUGAUCCUAUAUUAUGGGUUUCUAGUGAAGAGAAUCCAGAAAAUUGGCAUGUUCAGAUUUUUCGAUCUAUUGACUCAGGAUCAUUGAAAGGAUUUCCAAAAAAUGUAGAUGUGGCCAGGGCCCAGAACCUUAUCUGUUCAAAAAGUCAAGUUAUAGAUAAAAGCAUUCAAACGGCAUACAUCCAGGCAAUCAGAUCUGCCCAGCAUUUUAUAUAUAUUGAGAAUCAAUAUUUUAUUGGAUCAUCAUAUGCAUGGCCAUCAUACAAAAAUGCAGGAGCUGAUAAUCUAAUUCCUAUGGAGUUGGCAUUGAAGAUUGCAAGCAAGAUCAGAUCUAAUGAGAGAUUUGCAGUGUAUGUUAUUGUGCCUAUGUGGCCUGAGGGUGAUCCAAAAUUCAACACAAUGCAGGAAAUUCUCUAUUGGCAGUCACAGACAAUGCAAAUGAUGUAUGAUGUUGUAGCACGGGAACUGAAAUCCAUGCAACUUUCGGAUUCACAUCCUCAGGAUUACCUCAAUUUCUAUUGCGUCGGUAAACGGGAAGAAAUUCCGAAGGAAAUGUCAACAAACAAUGGGGAGACGGUCUCUGAUUCUUUCAAGUCCCAACGCUUCAUGAUUUAUGUUCAUGCCAAAGGAAUGGUAGUUGAUGAUGAAUAUCUAAUUGUUGGAUCUGCCAAUAUUAAUCAAAGAUCCAUGGCUGGCACAAAAGAUACAGAGAUAGCUAUGGGUGCAUAUCAACCCCAUCACACAUGGUCUGAGAGGAAGAGACAUCCACGUGGUCAGAUCUAUGGGUUUAGGAUGUCACUUUGGUCAGAGCAUCUUGGUUCAGUAGAUGAAUGCUUCAUAGAACCAGAGAGUUUGAAAUGCGUGAAGACAGUAAAUGAGAUUGCUGAAGAAAACUGGAAGAGGUAUGCGGAUCCGAAUUUCAGCUUAUUGCAGGGACACCUUCUCAAGUAUCCUAUACGGGUUGAUGCCGAUGGGAAGGUUGGCCCUUUGCCUGGAUAUGAGGAAUUCCCAGAUGUUGGUGGCAAAGUGCUUGGAGGUCAUUCUGUUUCACUUCCUGAUGUCUUAACUACGUAAGAUUUUCCAUUUUCGAGUAUCAUUUCAUGUGAAGUAAAAUAUGAAAGUGAGAAGAUGCUUAUGAGCCUUUUAGAAUAUCAGAUUAUUAUUCUUUCUACUAUUCUUUUCAAUUCAUUGAUUGAAUGGGUGUGGGUCUUUGUAAAAUUGUGUUGGACUGUAUGUGUCAGUGUGCAAGCAAAGCAAUGUGAAUAAUAAGAAGGCUGGGAUGUGAAUAUUUGCUGAUA